AUGCGUUGGUGUCGUUUUCUGUUCUGUUGCUCAUACCGUCUUACACUAGCACUUUUGGCUCAUUUCAAUUGGUUUGCGUCUAUAUAUUUUAAUUGUAUCUAUUUCGUUUUGUGGAAAAGUUACGAUUUGUUGUGGUUCUGGAUGCAUCUAAUCCUAUGCAUAUGCUUUAAACCAUUGCGAACUAAAAACUGCUUGAUUAUUUGGUGCAAUUUGAUCUGCAAACGAAUUACUCUUUAUCCGAAUAAUACAUAUAAGGAAAUUUAUAUGCUUGAAUAUAGAAAACUACAAAAAACGAAAAGAAAACAAAAACGUGGUAUUAAUGAAGCAGAGACAUACGAUGGAAAACGAGAAGAGGAGGAUUCAAGCAAUGAUAAUGAUUCAAGCGAUGGUGAAGACGUUGAUGCUGCGGGAAUUAAGCGAACGGAAUCGGAAGAAUUAAAUUUUCCAAGUCUAGCUGAUAACGAAGAAUGUGAAUGCAGGAAGCGAAUAUUCAUGAAUGAAACGGUAAUAUCAUCUGCCAACAGGUUGCGACAGUGUGAUCAUAAUGAAGCACCCAUACCACCGCCUCGUCUAAAGCGCACAGCAAAAUCACUUGAAGAAGGGAAUUGUGUUCGCGAAGCUGGUUCGCAUAAAUCUACACGUGGACGUUGCAAUCGAUUUGAUAUUCGUAACAUGAUAUUGAAGCCUUUUAAAAACUGCAAACAAUGCGGGUAUUGCGCUCUCUGCGGAACAGAAAGAUAUUCCUUACGUGAUGCUGUGGAAAUGAAAAAUAAUGGAUUAAAUAUUAUAUCAGAUGCCAGAAAUCAGAUAGGAUUGGCUGACCGAGUACGUCGAUAUCUGCCCGUCGGUAUCCGACGAGAAAAGGGGAAUGGAGAAACACAUGAAGAAGAGAAUGGAGAAGCUUAUUCGCAUAAAUCCACACACGGACGUUGCAAUCGAUUUGAUAUUCGCAAUGUGAUAUUGAAGCCUUUAAAAAACUGCAAAAAAUGCGGGACAGAAAGACAUUCCUUACAUGAUGCUGUGGAACUGAAAAAUAAUGGAUUAAGUAAUAUAUCAGAUGCCGGAAGUCAGAUACGAUUGACUGAACGAGUACGUCGUUAUCUGCCCGUCGGUAUCCGUGCUGAACGGCGUGACUCAUCAGUUAGAGAAAAUGAUAUAGAUAUCCUCACUCCCGAUUUUACAAACAAAAGAGAUCUUACCAGUGCGAAAGAAAUUUUCCUGCGUCAACGACGAGAUCAGAGAGUACUGAAGAAACGACUGCGAGCCCAAAAGCGGGCUGAGUUAGCCAUCAUUGCGAAAUAUGAAGCGAAGCAAAAAGCGAUUUCUAGUUCAAUUGAACUUCUGUUGCAAAUUUUGCAAAUGAUGGCUUCAUUUGCGAUUCUUAUUGGUAAUAUUCGCAAAACAUUUAUUCCUGCUCAUUUUAAUUGGCUUAAGCAUGGUCGUGAUGACAGUAUGGAGCUAAUGAUAUUGUGGAGAUGUACAGUAUUUCUUGAUGUGCUUCUAUUUUGGAUUAAUGUUAUCUGGGUUUAUUGUUUGCAAUGCCAUUUAUGCUGUCGACUUGGACCGUUUAAAUUUUGGAUAUGGAUAUUAACAUUGGGGCUAAUUGGAGGUAUCUUCGUAUUGUAUCCGAUGUCCUAUGUUCAACGCAAUCUGGAUAUAAGCUGGUGUCAAUUUAAGCCGAAUACUAUACUUGCACAAUACCAACCGAAUUGGUAA